UAACACCUCUAACCUUCAGCACAUAUAUGACUUAUCUGGGUUGCAAGUGCCGUAAAAUGUUUACUGAAUCAAAGCACCUUUGCUGCCAAAUCUUUCUCUUUCACCUUGAGACUGAUCUUGAAGUCUUUCACAAAUUAAAUAUCAGCGCCUGCCAUCUUUUCUCUUGUCCAGCUGUUGAUCCCACUUGAGGUGAUGUUCCUCUUUCAUGGACAUAUCUAUUCACAUAUCGUUUGUUCUCAUGUUCAGAUUUCACAGCUAGUAAAAGCUGUGUGGUGGUUGGUUGGCGGGCGCUCUGGUGUGGUUUGCUAAUUCUUUCCUAUCAAAAUAUAUCGUCCUUAUCUGUCCUUCUUGUAUAGAUUCUCUACGACUUUAAAAAAAGUAAUACCUCUAAUUGUUGGCCCUUCUAUUCACUAUUACCCAGUUGUGCUGUAAGUGCCACAAAACUCUUUCAAAGAUAAAAAGAAAGUUGCAUUAAACGCGAUUGUAAGGUCUUUGUGAAUUCAUUUAUCUCUUUCUCACCUUUGUGCAGUAGUCCCAACUGUAAUGCGGGUAAAGAGCUCCUUCAGCCUCAGAUGACGUCAUUGCUGACUUUUAGGUUCAAGGACCUCACUGGAAUAUGACUAUGAUGUUAAGCACUGUACAUAUUGUAUCUUCCUACCUAUUGUGCUGGAGGGAUCAUAAUUCCAGAAUACAAUCAACUUGAGGAUUAUUUUGUUAUGCUCCCGAUAUUACGAUACAAACUGAUAGCGUGCCGUAUUCAGACGGAAGUUUUCUUUCGUGUUCAAAUUUUAAUUUUAAAGUAGAUCUAAUGCACUUCCGGCGCGGGGUGAACAUUUUCCCGGAAGCUAUCUGUAGCUGUUCACAAACUGGGCAGGCAGGGAGGUGCUCUGAGUUCAACACACAAAGGAGCGAAAUGGAGGCCGAGCGUCCGCAGGGCUACAGAGAGUACCAGAGCGGCGACACUUCCUGGGAUGCUCUGGGCAUGCGCAUAAAGUGGACAGUCCCAGAAGUGCCGGGGGAAUCGGUGGUGCACAUGCUAGACCCUUUGUGCUUCAAGCUGUGUCUGGAGUGCAAGAAGCCCGUCCCCCUGCGUGAUGUCAGCGCCUGGGCCUGGACAUGUCUCUACCACACGGCUAACGUACAACAUCAAGUUCCGUGACAGCAUGAUCUGGGUCGAUAAGUUCCAAACGGACCACAUCGUCACAGUUCUCAGACCGCGAGAGGUCAACCAGUGGACCAAGCAAGCGGAAAUGGCCAAGAUAACAAACAGAAUUUUCAUUGGCAACUUCCUGUCCGUGAUUCUGGCAGAAGAACUUAACUUUGAGGCAGUGAUCACCUUGGACAAACAUCUGCAGGGUACGGCUGCUGAAGGUGUGCACGCAGGUCGAGUCAAGGAGGAGUUCCACAACUUUGCUCUGGAGAUCGGAGCCGGUCACGAGAUUCCUAGAGAUAAGGUGGACGUGGUCGUGAAAAGACUCAAGACGUUGUCUGAUCUGCAUGCACACAUACUGAUGGGCGACCUCGAUGGUCAAGGUCGUGUGGGGUCGGCCAUGACAGCGUACAUCUUUGCCAACAACCCACAUCUGACAUACGAAGAGGCGUGCGAGUUUGUGAAGAGUCAGAAGAUGAUUUACUGUCACCGAGGGCUCAAGAGCACUCUACAUGAUAUGUACCCACGGGACUGAGAGAGAGAGAGAGAGAGAGAGAGAGAGAGAGAGAGAGAGAGAGAGAGAAGGAAGGAAUAGUUAAUUCCAAAGACUGAGCUGAAUCUCAUCUUCCGCGUUUGUGACAUUCAGUCCGCUCAAAUGCUAGACGUGCACACCGACAGUAAUCACAAGUCUUACCCAUUACGUCAUCACCCAUGACCUGUUUAAUCCUUCCUUGCUCGACAAGAAGAUGAUGGGCAACGAGAACAUUAACUGUCUUCUGCGACCUCAAUGAGAUAAACCAUAGCAAGCAAGUCGAAGUCGUUUAUGAUUAUUGUUUUCUUUGUUAUUAGAAAAAAAAUUAUUUGCGUGAAUUGCUUUGUAUCUUUUCUU